AGGACACCCAAUGUCCGAGUAACAGCAAAAGCUUUCUCGCCACUGUCUCCAAUCUGUUCAUAAAAUCUCUUGGCUCGCCUGAAAACAACCAAGCACCAAACUGAAACUUCGCAUCAGUUAUUACCUCCAUAAAAGUAAGCUAUUCCUCACAAAAAUACAAAUAAAUUAAUCAUGGAGAUUGCAACACUUGAAGCAAGCAACACUCUGUUUUGCCAAGGGCGCGAAAAGGAUGCCCUCCACCUGCUAGAAGAGUCUACCCUGACAGAGAGUCCUCCUGAUCUCUACCUGGAAGAAGAAGGCGAUAUUGGUCCGCGUGCUUUCCGUCUUCCUUCUUUCAGCCGUCAAGCCAUGGAGGCUUCGGUAACGUACAACAAGGCCCUGAUCCACCAUGCUCGCAAUGAGUUUGUAGAGGCCAUGCGCCUCUAUGAACAAGUGGUGUUGGCACCGGCUCUUCUUGGAAGCUGCAGCGCUAUCAUGGUCCUCAAGAUGCGUGCUCACAACAACCUGGGACAGAUCUUUUACAUGGCCGGAAUCAGUGAGAUCAAGGCAUUGGAACAGUUUUCCAUUGCCCUGCAGAUUGCCAAGAGUUUGGAAAAGCAACAGCCGUACUCGUUGGACAUUGCCACUGUUCUCUCCAACUGGUGCCGUGUCCAAUGGAUGAGUGGAGAUGUCAGCCAGAUGGUCUAUGAAGGCCUCCACGAGAUCUUGCGUCUUCGAACCGCUGCAUUGGGCUGGGAUCACCCCGAUGUCGCCAGUGCUCACUACAACUUGGGAGUCACCGAGUACGCUCACAACGAUGGAAACAAGGCCGUCGGACACUUAAUGAAGUACCUUCGUGUGGUCGCAUCGCAAGCUGCCAAGACCAACAACACCAAGACCGACCUCACAUUGGACCCCAUCCCCGCUCUCAUCUACAUCUUGCUCAUCAAGAACGAAGACAGGGAAGACUCGUUGGCACAAGAACUUGUCCGUGGCUUGAGAACGCUUCAGGAAAAGCGAGCCGAUGCCAUCAUGGGACAGCAACCUCAAGAGAUCGCCAGUGUCCUCAACUUUAUCGGAACCUUGCUCUUCCAUCAGCGCGAUUUUGAUCAUGCUCUCCUUUUCUUCCAAGAGGAACUGCGCUUGGAAGAAGGCAUUGUCGCCGAAAACACUGGCAGCGAAAACAGCUCUGUGGAAGACAUUAGUGUCAGUGUCACCUGCAACAACAUUGCUCGCAUCCUUCAAGAGCUACAGAGACUUCCCGAAGCCAAGUGCUACUACUACCGAUCCUUGAUGGCCGACUACGGCGCCGACAUUCAGAACUGGUCCUUGGACAGCAAGAAGAGUGCUGGCAUCCCCAGUCUCAAUCACGUUGUCCCCCUCCAGUCCGGACGUCAAGUCACUGACCUUCCCGCUUCCACCAUCAACCUCUACUCCACGGUCUUUUACAAUCUUGGAUUGAUCCAUGACAAGCAAGGAUCCUACAAGGAAGCCAUCUACGCCUUUCAAAUGUCACUCUCCCUCCGUCGUGUCAUGUUGGGUCCCGACCACGCCGAUGUCGCAUGCCUCCUCUACAACAUUGGCGUCUUGCAAAUGGAACAACAGUUCCUCCAAGAAGCCACUCAGUCGCUCAGGGAAGCAUUGCGCAUCCGACGUGCCGCUCCAAGCUCCUCCCCCAGUGGACAGCUCAACGACUGCCAUGUCGUCAAGACACUCCAAAAGUUGGCAUCGCUCCACAAGGCCAAGGGAAACAUUCAAGGCGCACUGGAAGCACAAAAGGAAAUCUUCCAGAUCCAAACCGUCUCGCAAGAAUUCGAAUCGGUCAGUCUCCGCCACAAGGACAUGGCCGCCACUACACGGGAAAUGGCCGAACUCCAUCAUGCCGUUGGUGACCUCACCAUGGCCGUACAAAAGGCUCAGGAAGCCGUCGCAGUUAUGCGAUCCAUCCAAUCCGCCUUGUCCGCGACCAAUGCUCUGCCCGAAUUCGUGGCUUGUAUGGAAGAAUUGGUCGCAGGAUUGCUAUUGUUGGGAUCUCUCAAACACGAGAUUAGCCAACCAGAAGAAGCACGGGCACACUACCGAGAAGCUUCCACCAUGAUUCAACGGGCAUCCAGUUGCUUCAGCCAUCCCACAGAACUGAAUGCCUUGCAGGAAGUCACUCAAAUGUUGUCUACAUGCCACUGUGCUCCCGAAGCUUAAAAGCACACUACAAAAAACACAAUCUACUACUGUACUAUACAAUACUACGAUGGUGGAACGAUCGAUGAUGCACAAAAACCAAUCAUUGUCCAACCACCAAACGACCUGGCAGAACAUGCCAAUGAACAUACUACUCUCAUAGCUUUCUCUAUGCACUACCCUACAUAUACAUACCUCUGAACAUAAUACUAAGAACCCACCGUUUUGUCCAAACAAACUAGACUACACUCGAGUAUCAUAAUAAUAUUGCCUUGGUAUCUUUAAUACUCUAGCUAGCUAG